AUGCUUUCAUUACAACUUGCGCAUCAAUUGGCUGGUAAAAAUGUGUUACUAGUAGGAGCUGGUGAGGUCGCAAUGACACGAAUUCCCAAACUUUUGCCGACGGGUUGCAAAUUGACUGUGAUAGCACCCCAUAUCCACCCUGACAUGUGGGGCCACAUUGAUGCAACUCAAGACCCCAAAACGGACACAUAUGUGGACCUAGAGUGGAAUUUGAACAAAAACAAAAUUUAUCAAAUUAUCCAAAGAGAGUUCAAUAACAAAGACCUCAUACUGUUUGGCGAUGGCCUUUAUUCAAACGUGAAAAAGGAACAGUUCUUGAAUGAUGAGCUGGACUCGGAAAGUGCGGAUAACCUGGACUUGGCAGUCUCCGGAUGGCAUUUGAUUUUAACAUGUAUCCCCGAUCCAAAAUUGAGCGAAAAAAUAUACCGUGGUGCGAAGAUAGUUUUAGGACAGCAUGUGUUGUGCAACGUUGCCGAUAAUCCACCACUGUGCGACUUUUAUUUUGGCAGCAACGUAAUAUUAGGCAGCGACGAGAAUGGCGGGAAGCCAAUUCAAAUUUUAAUCUCCUCAAAUGGGAACUCCCCUAGGUUCACUGCUCUGCUAAAACAAGAGAUACAACAGCAGUUUGGGAGCGUGCCGAUAGGUGCAAGUGUAGGCAAGUUGGGCGAUCUCAGAUCUCGCGUACGCCAUAUCUCGGAAGGCGGGUCAGACUCAAAACUGAAUAGACUGGAACUGAUCAAAUAUCGAAUGGAGUGGAUCCGUAAUUGUACAGAUGCGUUUGGCGUUACACAUUGUCAUGAGAUAGACGUAGAGAAGACUACACAGCUGUUUUCAAAUAUGUUUGCGAAUUUAAGCUUAGAUUUGCCUGAGCGGGAAAUCAUGUUACAAGAAUAUCUGGAAGGGACACAGAACUAA